CUGGAAUUAAUUGGAGAGACAGGCUGUCUUCCCGCGGGCCCACGCGGAGCCUUUCCUCCCGAGCACAACUUUCGCACUUCAGAAGAAACUAACACCGAAGGGAAACUUUCCCGAGUCGCGCGCCUCGUCUCCUCGCCUGCAUUCCAGCCGGGUUUUGCGGAGCGUGGAGAGCCAUGGGCGGGCGAGCGCUGCUGGCAGCCCUCUGGAUCACCAGCCACUGCCUCGUCGCUAUGUGCCGAGAGCCGGCGACCACAGCCGCCUCCGUCCCGAGAGAUACUACAGGAGAAGAGAGAGACUUCAGUGGCAUUGAGAGCAAAUUUUCUUUAAGGAAACCUGAACAGCCUUAUGAAGAUACCUGCUUCUUAGUUCCUGGGCAAGAAAAUAGCAUGACACAAUGCCGCUUCAACCAUUCAAGUAAAACCUUUGUGGUGAUCCAUGGAUGGACGGUAAUUCCUUUGUACGAGAGCUGGAUAGCCAAGCUAGUGAAGGCGCUGUAUAAAACGGAGCCGGACUCUAAUGUCAUCAUUGUUGACUGGCUAGAUCGAGCAAGCCAACACUAUACAAUAUCAGCUAGUAACACAGAGCUGGUGGGGAAGGAUGUUGCCAAGUUUGUUAACUGGAUAGAGGAGCAAUUUGCCUACUCCCUGAGCAAUGUCCAUUUGCUGGGAUACAGCCUCGGCGCUCAUGUUGCUGGUAUUGCUGGAAAAUUGGCCAAUAAGAAGAUCAGCAGAAUUACUGGUUUAGAUCCUGCAGGACCUAACUUUGAAUAUGCCAAUGAAACCAGACGCCUUUCACCAGAUGAUGCUGCCUUUGUAGAUGUCGUGCACACUUAUACCAGGGGGUCUCCAGACCGCAGCAUUGGGAUACAGAAGCCUGUGGGGCACAUUGACAUCUACCCUAAUGGAGGUAGCUUCCAACCAGGUUGUAAAGUAACAGAAACACUGCGGAGGCUUGCAGAAAAGGGGUUUCAAGGGUUUCAAGAGGCGGAUCAGCUGCUGAAAUGCUCUCACGAACGCUCCAUCCACCUCUUCAUCGAUUCCCUCAUGCACGAAGAGAAACCAAUCAUGGCCUACCGCUGCAAGUCCAAAGAAGCAUUUGAAAAGGGGCUCUGCUUGAGCUGCAGAAAGAACCGCUGCAACAACCUGGGCUACAAAGUCAACAAAGUGAGAACCAAGAGGUCAGCCACAAUGUACCUGAAGACAGGGGAGAGGGCACCUUACAAAGUCUUUCACUACCAAGUGAAGAUUCAUUUUUUUGCUAAGGAAAACAUGACUAAGACAAACCAGGACUUCCUUAUCUCUCUGUAUGGCACCGAGGGGGAAAGCAAGGACAUGCCAGUCACGCUGCCUGAGGUCUCCACAAACCAAACCUUUUCCUUUCUGAUAUACACUGCAGUGGAUAUUGGAGACCUACUCAUUGUCAGGCUGGAAUGGAAAAAAGACUCUAUAUUUAACCUGAAAGAUUGGUGGAGCACGCCAGAGGUUGCCAUCCAGAGGGUCAGAGUCAAGUCUGGAGAAACUCAGAAAAAGUUGGUGUUCUGCUCCCGAAAUGGAAUUUCUCAUCUCAAGAAAGGGGAAGGAGUCGCAGAAUUUGUGAGAUGCCUUGGGAAAAAUGCUAUCAAAGAAAAUUCAUGAAAAAUCAGUGCUUGAGUUCUUUGACGAAUAACAAGUGAACCGAAGAUCAGUUUUGGGAGGAGAGGGGAAACCCCCCACUGCCACUGUGGCCUUGAAAUACAGAAUUUAUCAGUAAUCUGUGAUACUGUCAACAUUCUAAGUUACUCUAGGAGACUUUCAUCGUUCAACUCAAGGCUCAUGUGGCUAGUUAUCCCCUAAGAACAUACCUGGCAGUACACAUACCAUCUUGGAUAUCUGAUUGAAAGGACUGCAGCACGGCUGGACAACAUCCAUGUUCAGAUGUGCAGCUGAUGCACUCUCGAUCCAGCAGUUGAAAUUCAUGCUGAAGUCUGCCACCCACACGUGGAUUCUCGGGCCUGGAGCUGGUAGUUUUUAGGGUCGUUGCAGGACACAAAACAGUUCACUGGCCAAGUUUAUGAACUAGAUGAGAAGCCUCUCCCGAACAAAGACAGGCAUGGCACUGGGAACUAAUUUAACUUAUAAUGCUAUGUUGUAAUAAAAGUUUCCUGAUUUUUAUGAAAAAUCCAUAGAAUUUGUUUAAAAGUUAUAUAUUUGGGCAUGUGUCUGGACUGUGUUUAAUCUGGCUAGAGCUCUGAAACAUUGUAUCAUUGGACAGUUCUGUUAUUGAAGAACAUCCCGUUCCGCUGAUUUGAGUUUUUACAUCCUUUGAUGUCUGAAGUUCAACGGCUUCUAUUAAAUUGAUCAAAGGAAUGGGGAAAUCUAUCUAUGUCAUAAUCAUGCUUCUAGUAGCAUGAGGCGCUUGCCAGAAAUCUAGAUAGGAGUGAGCAAACAGAGAGAGAAUGUUUGUGGACUUUGAAGGUUCCAGGUUAAAUUCAGUCAACAUCUCCCGUCACUUAUAAAUUUGUACUCUUUAUAUGGUAACAAAUUAUUUGCUCAUAUUUCAUUUAUAUAAAAGCACAUGCAAUUAUUGCAAUGCUUUAUCAGCUAAAAAGGAGCAAGAAACAACAGUCUGUAAAGACUACAGGAACAGAUUUUCCGUUACCAGUGUCAAAUAGUGGGAACUGUUACAAAUGUACUACACAGUCUCUUAUCACGCUUACCUUCACUAUUACUUCUAUAUCUCCAGCUGCAAAUGAACAGUGGCUCUUCUUUGAUGCUGGUAUUCCUGAUUUUGAGAAUAAUUAGUAUUUAUUGGUCAGCAAUGAGAAAAAUGGCAGAACCUGAAAUCACUUUAUUUGUCUGUAGUAAUGCAAACAAUAGUAGAAUGCUUUAUCUGUACAUUUGUUCAGAAUAUAUGCAGACAUAAUACCAUUGAAUUAAGAAGCUAUGAACACAAGCAAGAGGCAUUACCCACUGCUCUUGCUAGAAGAACUUACUAGUGUUCUGAAAAUAAUUCCCUAGUCUUCAUUAAAAACAAACAGUUGCAAAGAGAAUCACAAUACAAAUCAUAUAAGUAAGCAAGUACUGGAAGGUAUAUUUGUGCAAAUGUAUCUGGAUUACGAAACAAGCACACCCAUAUUUCAAUUAUAUUGGCCUGUUUGAUGAAUUAUUUAGAAUUCGUUUUGAAGUCUGUCAACAUCAGUGGCUUUAGCAAAAAGUAAUCACAAAUUGUGUACACACACAAAAAUGCAAAUCAUUAAAAUCAGUGUACCGCAAGGGAAGGUGCAUCCUUCCAGUGGAAGAAAUGGACAGUGAUCAAGAAUGCUUUAAUAUAUCCCAACUGUGUUUGAGGCUGGAUAAGUUUAUAGUUAGAUUACCGUGCACUGAAAGAAUGAACUAUAGUUUAUUUUUGUAAAAAUUCUGACUUGCUACCGUUUUCCUGAGGUUUUCGUUUCAAAAUAAGAUGUGAUACGAACUGUACAUUUUAAUUACAAGGUGAAAUAUAAACAGCACUUGGUCACCAAAUGGUGAAGGGUUUUUAAAAAAAUAUGUGAGAACAUGUAACUGGCCUUAAAUAUUACUAUUUAUUAUUUGUAAAAUACAUUUAUGUAUAUGUGUAAAGAUUAGUUUGUAUAUAUUGCUGAAGUUCUAUAUGCAUUUAUACAGAUAUGUGGCAUAAUUUUUGUAAAAAGCUUUAAAAUAAGAAAUCACCAAUGAUUUACGUAUUACGUUAAAUCUACUGGUAUAGAAUGCUCUUUCCCCCCAAAGACACUUCUCCAUUUUAUACUGUUUUGCAACCCGCCAGUUUAAUAAAACC